AACUUUUCCUCUGCACAGAUUUUGAUAAAUCUCCCCCUAUGUCUUUGAUUUGUUGACUAUGGCCCUCAUUUACUAUUCUAAACCCGACCUCUUUUGUCUGGUUUUUUUGGCGCAUCUUUGUCUGCGCCAUGUCUCAGACAUCGUGCGCCAGUCUGCGACACUAUGCGACAUUUUUUCCCGACGGACCCGAUGUGGAUUCUCCCAAACCCGAAAAAGGGGUGUAACCCGACAUUUCUGAGCUUUCCCACGUAUUUAUUAAGGUUUCCAACCCGAAUUUGUUGAAUUGUUGUGGAUUUUUUCCCGACAGCUCAGAGGAGUUGGAAACCAAAACCUACAAAACCCACGUGCGACAAACAGGAUGCGACAUAAUAAUAAAUACCAGGGGAAAAAAGCAGUCGGGUAAGAAAGCAACAUAGACUUACAAUACGAUUUUCUAAGUAAAUGAGGGCCUAUAUCUUCAUUCUUUACUAUGUCUGCUAUUUCUUUACGAUACCUUUGAUUUGUUGACUAUAUCUUCAUUCUUUACUAUGUCUGCUAUUUCUUUACUAUACCUUUGAUUUGUUGACUAUAUCUUCAUUCUUUACUAUAUCUGCUAUUUCUUUACUAUACCUUUGAUUUGUUGACUAUAUCUUCACCUUUCCGUCAAAUCCUCCAGACACGGGGGAGGUAGAGGGAGUAGGAAGUGUUAUCACCCAGCAUCAGGUUCUGGAUCUUUUUUCUUUUUGCAAUUUUGAAAACAAGAAUUGCGCAAUCUGCAGCGCUGUGGUUGUCAGCAAAAAUAUUGGAACCUCAAUGGGGUCUGUGAGCGCCCAUUUGGAUCUUCUGGAAAAGGAAUCUGCUAUAAUGGUCAUGGCUCUAUUAUAUGAAGGCUAUUGUGAACAAGGUCUAAGGAACCAAUUCUUCUGCACUACAGAACUACAUUAUCUAUUGAAGUCAAGAGAGAAGCUCCUCCAAGACUUCCUACCAUGAACACCAUCAUGUUUAACAAGCUCAGUGGUCAAGUCCUGUUUGAGGACGCAACGAGUGACCGCGAGAGGGUAGUUCGGCCCUAUGUAGUAGGAAUGGAGAGCCCCAAUCCCGAUUUAGGUCUUCAAGACAGUGUCUCUGUAAAGGACAAUGCCAGCAGACACCGGCGCCCUGGCAGCUCGAGAAGUACAAGUGGUAAAGUGAGGCACAAACGGCAGGCACUACAAGACAUGGCACGCCCAUUGAAGCAGUGGUUGUACAAGCACCGGGACAAUCCCUACCCAACCAAGACUGAGAAGAUACUAUUAGCGCUUGGGUCACAGAUGACUCUUGUACAGGUUUCAAAUUGGUUUGCAAAUGCAAGAAGACGCCUCAAAAACACUGUGAGACAACCAGAUCUGAGCUGGGCUUUGAGGAUAAAGUUAUAUAACAAAUAUGUUCAAGGGAAUGCCGAACGUCUCAGUGUCAGCAGUGAAGACUCCUGUUCAGAAGAUGGAGAAAAUGUUCCCAUGAGUCACGCUAAUGAAGAAGUAUAUGAUAAACCCAUCCACCAUACUGUGAUCAAUGCUGAGAACUCGGUCAUCAAGUCAGGGAUGAGGGCAGAAGCCAGUGCCAAUGAAGACUAUGUCUCCCCUCCAAAAUACAAGAGCAGUUUAUUGCAUCGGUAUCUCAAUGACUCCUUAAGACAUGUCAUGGCCACUAAUUCAGUCAUGAGAGAAAACACAAGACAGAGAAACCACUCAGGAUCAUUCAGCUCGAACGAGUUUGAAGAAGAGCUUGUGUCCCCUUCAUCUUCAGAAACUGAAGGCAAUUUUGUUUACCGAACAGGUAGUGCAAGUCUUGAGUCUUGGUCAAGUAGACCUGAGCAGAAAUACGACACUUUGGAGUCUGGACCAAAUAAAUGUCAAAGUGCAGUUAAUAAAAAAGGUGCCAACAAGGAUGAGACGUACUGGAGGGAGAUCAAUGCAGCGAUGGCCUUAACAAACCUGGCGCAAGGGAAGGACAAACUGCAGGGCACCACCAGCUGCAUCAUCCAGAAAUCAUCACACAUAUCAGAAGUUAAGACUGUUAAAGUGCCACUUAUCCAUCAGUAUCAAUGAAUGGGACUCCGCUACCAACAAUGGCGCACUUGGGACUGGUGAUCACAACCACAAGCAUGUUUUUGCCUUAGAACAUUUCAUAGACUUUUUGAAACCAGACUUGGACUUCUAUGUAUAAGUUCUUUGACCCACCGGGUUUUACAGGACAUGUAAAUUUUUAUGUCUUCUUUAUGUUUUUUUUUUAACCAAAAUACUAACUUAUUUUAUGCUACGGGGCAUAAAUACUCAGCUUAUAAGUAAAACUGUCUGCCUUGCUUCUACCAUAUGUGCCUUGCCUUUCAGUAAUAAGCUAGAACGUGGGCAUGAUAUGAAAUAUUUAUGCCUUAAAUUAUGAAUGCCGUAAUGUUUUUUUUAUUUGUAUUUAGUCUUGGACUUCUUGUAUUCAGGUAACCUGAACUGAAAACGGAUUAUGUUGCCAAACACAGAACCAAUGCAUUCAUUCCAGCAGACGAUUGGCAAUGAUUGAUAUGCCUUGUUGUUGUUUUGUACGGUCAGAUAAUGUAAAUUACCAGUGUUUAUUUUGUUCAUGACAGAGGACUAUCACCAAAUUCGAAAAGU